GACGGGCGGACCAUCGGCACCAUCGACUACCUCGAGGAGAAGGGCAAGAUAAAGGAGAACGUGCGCGACAACCUCUUCAGCCCCAUGGUCCUUGCCAUGCUCUCCCAGGCCCGCGGGAUACACUUCACCUACCUGGGCACAGGCUGCAUCUUCGAGUUCGACAAGGAUCACCCUUUCGAGACGGCCUACACGGGCCAGGGCUUCACAGAGGAGAGCAAGCCCAACUUCUUCGCCUCGUCGUACUCGACAGUGAAGGGGUUCACCGACCAGUUGAUGCACCUGUUCGACAAGGAUGUGUUGAACCUGCGCAUUCGCAUGCCAAUCACAGGCUUUCACAACCAUCGGAAUUUCAUCACCAAGAUCUGCAAGUACGAGUACGUUUGCUCCAUUGCCAACUCCAUGACCGUGCUCGACGAGCUCCUGCCCGUCAUGGUGAAGAUGGCCUUGAACAGAGAGUCUGGCACCUUCAACAUGACCAAUCCGGGCGUCAUCUCGCACAACGAGAUUUUGACCAUGUACAAGGAAAUCGUGGACCCCGACUUCACCUGGAAGAAUUUCUCCGAGGAGGAGAUGCUCAAGAUCCUGGCGUCGGGCCGGUCCAACAACAGGCUUGAGACGACCAAGCUCACCUCCAAGUACCCGGUGGACGACAUCAAGACCGCCGUGCGCAAGGCGCUGGGCACCAUGUCGAAGCUCUGAGCCCGCCGUUGUCGCAGUGGCGUGCGCCAGGCCGGGUCUGGGGGGUCCCUACCCCUUGGCGUGGCCGCCGCGCCUUCCCGUUCUGGGAGGUGUUCCUUGCUCUCCUUCCUUGCUGUUGUUCAUCCUUCAUCGUCCCUCCUCGGUCUUCCAUUUUGCAUCCUUCAGUUCUAUUGCCGCGGAAUCUGCAAAGCCAGGUGCCGCCGGCAAGAGAGGUGCAUAGCCACGCGUACUGUCAACCUGGUCCGUAGUGGGUGCAUGAUGGCCCGUUGCGUUGCUUCGGCCCAUUCUGGCAUUCCAUUCGCUCGGGUGGUCAGAAAAUCCUCGUUGUCCAUCUUGCGCGCUUUGUGGGCACC